UUUUGUUAGUGCAAGUUGAGUGUGGCUUUCGGAUGUUGGUAUUUUUUUAACUAAGUUUAUUAUGUUAUUUGUGUGGGAUAUAUAAGGCUACUCUAAUAUAUUUUUGCUUUGAGAUCAUUCUACGAUUUUGAGCAUCGUGAUUUGGACUACGCUACCGCAAUUAGAGUACAUUGGUUAUAUUAAACUUUUAUCUAAUGUAAAAUCGUAUAUACAUUCGAAAGUAAAAUACAAUUCUCAGACCUCAAAAAUAAGAAUAUUAUCAAAUAGUUUGAAAGCGCAAAUAAAACAUGGCCAAGACGUACGAUUACCUCUUCAAGUUAUUAUUAAUUGGUGAUUCGGGUGUAGGGAAAACCUGCAUUUUAUUUCGAUUCUCUGAGGAUGCAUUUAACACCACCUUUAUUUCUACUAUAGGUAUCGACUUUAAGAUUAGAACAAUUGAGUUAGAUGGCAAAAAAAUUAAACUUCAAAUAUGGGACACCGCAGGUCAAGAACGUUUUCGGACAAUAACAACAGCGUAUUAUAGAGGAGCUAUGGGUAUCAUGCUAGUUUAUGAUAUUACGCAAGAAAAAUCAUUUGAGAAUAUCAAAAAUUGGAUCCGGAAUAUAGAAGAAAAUGCAUCCGCUGAUGUAGAAAAGAUGCUGUUGGGCAAUAAAUGUGAACUUAACGAUAAACGACAGGUUUCUCGCGAGCGAGGGGAGCAAUUGGCUGUAGAAUACGGGAUUAAAUUUAUGGAGACAUCUGCAAAAGCCAGUAUCAAUGUUGAAGAAGCUUUCCUAACAUUGGCCAGCGAUAUUAAAGCGAAAAUGGAAAAGCGUUUGGAAGCCAAUAAUCCUCCGAAAGGAGGGCAUCAAUUGAAAUUCGCCGAGACUAGAAAAACAGAAACUUGGCUUUCGAAAUGUAAUUUGCUUUGACGUGGUCAUAUUAUAAUAUCAUAAAAAUAUAAUUCUCAGAUGCUUAAACGUUAAGUGGUUUUAUAAUAAAAGCAGAAAACCUAUA